GGAAAUUGUGAUCCCAGUUGCCUGGAAAAGGAAAUCCUGAGAGGAGAAUAUAGGUCCAUGGAAGAAUGAAAUCUCUGAGGCUGCAGAAGCACCAGGGCCAACAAGCACGCUAGUGUUGGCGGCAAACAGGACCAAAAGGCCAGAUGUUCUUUGCGGUUUCAGGCAAUAUCUUGGUGGCUGGGAUAUUAACAACCAGCAUUACUGGGCUGUUGCUGAGGUUAGAUAUAAAUUCAAUAGGAUUGGAAAUAUAUGCAAAGAUUAUGAUCCAGAAACUAUGUUUUAAUGCUGGAUGAUUGGAUAGAUAUGAUCUUGUUGUUUGGAGGGACUUUAUGAAAUGGAAGAGAAAUAAACUGGUUUGUCAACUCUUGGGAUUGUUUAUAAUCUUUCAAAAUGGUUGGCCAACUCUUGGGACUUUGUGAAAUAACUGUGCUAAUUUUUAAAUUUCUGAACUUGAGUGGGUUGAGGGAUUAGGAGUAUUAUCGGAAGAUGUGUUGGAUGGAAGUGAUUGUCAAAUUUUUUGGAGAGUAUCUGUGUUCCUCUGUUAAUUGUCUGAAGGAAGACUGCUCUAUUGACUGUCAUAAGGCAAUGAGUUUAUGUCAAUGGAACCUAUGGUAAAUUAUACAAAGUCUCAGUUCUGAAACUGCCAACAUUUCUUCACUGAUGACUUGGAUCAAAAGAAUGGUCCAGAUGUUCCUGAUAACCUUCUAGAGACCUAGUUACAAUCCAAUUGUGAAGCAGCACUUUUUUUUAUCCAUGCUUUCCCCUCCAAGGUUCAAAUUUUCAGUGUCCGUAGGAUUUACAGGUGCCGCAGGAUUCAUUCUCGCUGUCCUGUGGUUUGUUUCUUUUGGCUUUGUUCUUGCCAUUCAUCAUUGCUGUGGAUGGAGAAUAAACAUCAAGAAUCAUGGAGCACAUUAUUCACAAAGGAUUUGUCUUGUAAUCCUUAUACUAUUCACAUUUGCAGCUGCGAUUGGAUGUAUUCUUCUUUCUGUUGGGCAGGAUAAAUUUCAUGGUGAAGUGCUUCAUACAUUGAAGUAUGUUGUCAACCAGUCAGACUACACAGUGCAAACCUUGAAAAAUGUUACAGAGUAUUUGUCCCUGGCGAAGACUAUUAAUGUGGCACAGGUUUUCAUUCCUUCUGAUGUCAUGAAUAAUAUUGACAAGUUGAACAUAGAUCUGAAUACUGCAGCAGACACACUUAUGGAGAAGACAAGUGAAAAUGCUGCAAAAAUAAAAAAAGUCUUCGAUGCUGUACGAUUGGCAUUGCUCACUGUGGCAGCGCUGAUGCUUAUUUUGUCUCUGGUUGGUCUCUUGCUGUCUGUCCUUGGGCACCAACAUGCCAUUCACAUAUUUGUAGUCAGUGGAUGGAUCCUGGUGGCAGUUACAUUCAUUCUGUGUGGAGUUUUUGUUAUCUUCAAUAAUGCUAUUUCUGACACCUGUAUGGCCAUGGAAGAAUGGGUGGAAAAUCCCCAAGCAGAGACAGCUCUUAGCAACAUCCUACCAUGUGUUGAUCAGAGAACAACAAAUCAUUCACUGAUUCAGAGUAAACAAGUCAUCAAUGAUCUAGUAAAUGUUGUCAAUACAUACAUAUAUACCUUUGCCAACUCAGAUCCUACUAAGGAUGACACUACUCAAUAUUAUAAUCAGUCUGGACCCCCCAUGCCUCCUCUAUGUUAUCCAUUCAACUCUCAGCUACAAGAUCGUGAGUGCACCUCUCAAGAGGUGUCUAUGGCAAAUGCUUCACUGGUUUGGAAGGACUAUAUUUGCAACAUAUCAGCGUCUGGGCAAUGUGUCACCAUUGGAAGGGUAACACCAGACAUCUAUAACCAGUUGGUGGCAGCAGUCAAUGAGAGCUAUGCUCUUGAGCACUAUGCCCCUCCUUUGCUUAGUUUCCAAGAUUGCAAUUUUGUCAGGGAGACAUUUCAAAAUAUUGCCUCAGAUUAUUGCCCUCCAUUGGAGCAACACCUCAAGUUGGUGAACGCAGGAUUGGGUUUGAUCUCAGUUGGAGUCCUCCUGUGUCUUGUUCUCUGGAUAUUAUAUGCAAACCGCCCCCUAAGGGAGGAAGUGUUUGCGAAGCUAUCCUUACCAAUAAAGUGCUGGAGUUACAAGAACAACUCAAGCACAAACAGCAACGAGAAUAUUGUGUCCAGCAUGUCAACCGGAGUCUAGAUCACAUAGAGAUUGCAAGAUAUUAGAUUUGUGCUGUUCAUUUUUUUUUUUCUUUAAUCCAAAUUUGGGGAAAGAAGCCAAUGUGGGGCGAAGCUCCAUCUUUUAUUGUAUAGUCAAUGCAAAUCGAUUUUCAGCUUCUUUUGCAUCAUGUUGGUUUAGGUUUGGUUUGGGAUUGUUGGGUGCUUUAGGUGACAGUUAGGAAGAUUAGAAAAUGGAGAUGCUAUAAAAGAUGAGAAAAAAGAAUAUUGAUUAAAUUAUGAUGUUUACAUUAUUAUAUUAUUUAUUUUCAACAAUUAUUUUUUGAUGGUAGUUUGAAGUAUUAUUUAUAAACACUUAAUCUAUGU